GCGAGCGUGUCUUCUUGGAAAUAUUUUGUGAAGUUUCAUAUAGAAAUUGGGUACAAACGCCAAAUACACCGUGUUCUGCAUGAUUAACGUCACUAUAUCUUCCGUCUGUUCAGCUCCUGACAUCUGCUGGUUAAACUAUCGUUCACCUGUAGUCAGUUAUGUCCAAAUCAACCAGAUUGGACUCAAAAGAUAAUGAGUCCAAACAUCUGCCCAUCUAUAAGCACAGAGCCGAGCUGGUCCAGGCCGUCAGAGACAGCACUUUCCUGGCUGUCACCGGUGAGACUGGCAGCGGGAAAACCACACAACUUCCAAAGUACCUUCAUCAAGCAGGUUUUUGUAAAGAUGGCAAAAUUGGCAUCACGCAGCCCCGCCGGGUGGCUGCCAUCACCGUGGCCCAGAGGGUUGCCCAGGAGAUGCAGUGCACUCUGGGUAGGGAGGUUGGCUACCAAGUGCGCUUUGAUGACUGCACAUCACAGAGCACGGUGGUGAAGUACAUGACGGACGGCUGUUUGCUCAGAGAGAUCCUAGCAGAUCCUGUGCUCUCUCAGUACAGUGUUGUAAUCUUGGAUGAAGUCCACGAACGCAGCCUCAACACAGAUAUUCUCCUGGGCCUAUUGAAGAAAAUGUUCACCAACUCCGCCAAGGCCGUUAAGGGCAGAUCUUUCCCGUUGAAGGUGGUGGUGAUGUCCGCCACCUUGGAAAGUGAAAAACUUUCAGCCUUUCUCGGCAACUGCGCCGUCUUUGCUAUUCCUGGGAGGACUUUUCCUGUCACCAGCACAUUUGGUUUUGCUGUAGGACCCAAAGACAUAGAGAGCACUGGUUACAUAAAAGAGGUGGUCAAAGUGGCCCUUGAUGUGCACACCAGUGAAAUGGCUGGGGAUAUUCUUGUGUUUUUGACGGGUCAGUCAGAGAUUGAGCGGGCGUGUGACUUGUUGUAUGAAAAAGCUGAGAAUAUAGACUACCGCUAUGAUGUGGAGGACCAAACAGUGGAGGGCCUUCUUAUUUUGCCCCUUUAUGGAUCCAUGCCCACUGAUCAACAGAGGCAGAUCUUUCAGCCUCCCCCUGCAGGGAUAAGGAAGUGUGUCGUGGCCACUAACAUUGCAGCAACAUCUCUCACCAUCAACGGCAUAAAGUACAUCAUAGACAGCGGGUUUGUGAAGCAACUCAACCACAACUCAAGGGUGGGCAUGGACAUCUUGGAGGUGGUGCCUAUCUCAAAGAGCGAGGCUGAGCAGAGAGCAGGCCGAGCUGGAAGAACCUCAGCCGGGAAGUGCUUUCGGAUCUACACCAAGGAGUUCUGGGAGAAGAACAUGCCUGAAUAUACAGUUCCGGAAAUCCAGAGGACAAGUCUGACUGCAGUGGUACUCACACUCAAGUGUCUGGGUGUUCAUGAUGUCAUUAGGUUCCCUUACUUGGACUGUCCAGAGGAAAGGUUUAUUCUUGAGGCUUUAAAACAGCUCUACCAAUUUGAUGCCAUCGACAGGAGAGGAAGAGUGACCAAACUGGGGGAGUUGAUGGUGGAGUUCCCCCUGCACCCAGGCCUUACCAGGGCCUUGCUCAAAGCCGCCUCGCUCGGCUGUGAGGACCUGCUGCUCCCUGUAGCCGCCAUGCUGUCUGUAGAGAACAUUUUCAUCAGGCCGGGCCACCCUGAGAAGCAGAAAGAGGCGGACGAAAAGCACAGGGCGCUGGCUUCCAAGACCGGCAGCAAGAACGACUUUGCCACUCUCCUCAGUGUGUUUCAGUCCUGUAAGUCCAGUGACAGACCGUCAUCGUGGUGUAAAGACAAUUGGAUCCACUGGAGGGCGCUGAAGUCAGCCUUCAGUGUGGAGACUCAGUUGCGAGAGAUCCUCCUCCGCCUCCAGCAGAAGAGAGAUUUCCCUGUAGACACCUUUGAGGGCAAUAAGAGCGAACUCUUCAGAAGAUGCCUGUGCUCAGGAUACUUCACCAAUGUUGCCAGAAGAUCAGUUGGAAAGGUGUUUUGCACAAUGGAUGGCCAUGGAUCCAUGGUUCACAUUCACCCAUCCUCAUCGUUGUUUGACCAGGAGGCUGAGCUGAACUGGAUCAUCUUCCAUGAUGUGCUGGUGACCUCUCGGGUGUACAUCAGGACCGCGUGUCCCAUUCGAUACGAGUGGGUGAAGGACUUAUUGCCUAAACUACAUGAGGUGGACGUCUAUGAGCUGAGCAGUGUGGCACGAGAAGAAGUGACGGAUGAGGAGAUGAUAAAAUGGGAGACCAAGGAAGCAGCCAAAAGACAACCAGAGGUUUCUAAUGAGGAUGUCGUGAAGAAGCUUGAGAAGCGUAACAACGAGACCACUGUCGGCGACGCUCGUGCUCGCUACCUGCAACGAAAGCAACAAAGACAACAAAAUAAAGCUCUUUAACAGAAAGCGCUCGAUUUAGAGGACACGGUCCACGCAAUGUAUCACAAAGGAGCGUU